UCGGGAGAGGCGGCAGUGGCUGCUGGUUCCGCAAUGGCGCGACUACUGCGCGGGAUGUGCGCUCUGGGCGCCCGAGAACUGGGGCUGGGCGCCGAGCCGCGCUGCUGCAGGAGCUUCUCUUCGGGCGGCUGGGAGCCGCCGGGGUCCCCGGGCAGCCUGGGCCGUGCUGAGUCGCGUCGGCGGCGAGCAGGGCUGGCUUGGGCUGCCGGCGCGGCGGCGGUGCUGGCCGGUCUGGGGCUGGCGCAGCGAGCGGAGAUGGCACGACGGCAGAGUCAGCCCCGCGAAGAGGCCGAGGCGGGCGGGGAGGACGAGCUGGCGCGGCGCUGCGAGCGCUUCAUGGCUGCGCCGGUGAGCGGGCUGGGCGCGCUGCGGAGCCGGCGUGGGGAGAUGCGGAGCCGCAUGGAGCUGCUCAUCAUGGAGACCCAGGGCCAGGUGUGCCGCGCCUUGGCCGAGCUCGACCGCGGCGCCUCUUUCACCGUGGACCGCUGGGAGAGGAAGGAAGGUGGUGGAGGCAUCAGCUGUGUUCUUCAGAAUGGUGAAAUUUUUGAGAAGGCUGGAGUCAACGUGUCUGUAGUGUUUGGCCACCUUUCUGAAGAAGCAGCGCAACAGAUGAGAAGCAGGGGGAAGAUGCUGAAAGCCAAGGACGGAAAACUGCCUUUUUGUGCUAUGGGGGUAAGCUCCGUUAUUCACCCAAAGAACCCUUAUGUUCCCACUAUACACUUCAACUACAGAUACUUUGAAAUUGAGGAGGCGGAUGGUUCAAAACAGUGGUGGUUUGGUGGUGGGACAGACCUUACUCCAACGUACUUGAAUGAAGAAGAUGCUGUUCAUUUUCAUAAAACUCUGAAGGAAGCCUGUGAUCAGCACAAUCCAGAACUAUACCCCAAAUUUAAGAAAUGGUGUGACGACUAUUUCUACAUCAAACACCGUGGAGAACGAAGAGGGGUUGGAGGCAUAUUUUUUGAUGAUCUGGACUCGCCCUCAAAAGAGGAAGUCUUUCAGUUUGUUCAGAGCUGUGCCAAGGCCAUCCUGCCUUGUUAUAUCCCCAUUGUAAAGAAGCACUGUCACGACACAUUCACACCAGAGGAAAAAUUGUGGCAACAGAUUCGUAGAGGGAGGUAUGUGGAAUUCAAUCUUGUGUAUGACAGAGGCACCAAAUUUGGUCUUGCCACACCAGGAUCUAGGAUUGAAAGUAUACUUAUGUCUUUGCCACUCACUGCCAGGUGGGAAUAUAUGCAUUCGCCUCCAGCAAAUUCCAGGGAAGCAAAAAUUCUAGAAGUUUUGCGCCAGCCAAAAGAUUGGGUGCAUUGACCAGCAGCCUCGACUGUGUAUGUUCAGCCAUGGGAAAGGAUAGGGACUCCUGCCGGCUCACUUUAUGAACUGUCAUUGUGUGGCAGUUAAUCUUUAUCUACUUGUUCUUUUAUCAUGUGCCUUAGAAAUAGUAAUUUGUCAUAUAUUCGUGUUCUCUUAAAAGGCCAGAAGGUGCAUCAGUUGCAGCCUCUUGGGAGAUUCACUGACAUUUGUACCUUGCACUUAAAUCUGGAACAAAAGGGCUCACUGAGGUGCACCCAGAAUGUGAUCCAGCUCAGAGUAAUAUCAAGUGCUCUGAGCUAAGUGUUUUCAGACCUACAAGGGACCAUCUGAAAUUUACACGUCUUAAUUGACGCUGUUUACAAAAUGUAUUGCCUGAUAAUACUUGUCUGUGAAAUCAUAUUCAAAGAGAGUUUGUACAUUCAUUUGACCUAUGAUAAUUUUUUGGAUAUGAAGUGCUGCAUGGAAACCUCUACCCCAAGGACAGUGCUGUAGAACUUGUAAACUGUGAGCAAAAGAUGUCAGCUAGCAGUGUAGUGGGUUUUUGUCAUUAAGGAAAGCAUGAACUACUAUAGCACAGAUCAGGCCCAGAAACCUUACGAGCUCCUUAGGAGCAGGAGCCUAGAGCCACCCUCUGCAUAGUCUGACUACUCAGUAGCUGAGACGGAAUCUUCAUUUUUAACCAAUACCAUCAACUUUUGCUACAAUAUUUAUUAUUUUUUUAUCAAAGGCUUGUAAUUUUACACGUAGCAAAACUGCUGUAAGACAGGAGCAUAACAAUCUGCAAAAAAAAAUUCUGCCUGACAUCUGUUAUCCUUUUAGAAAUUAUCAACGCUUCUCACAUUUUGCUAGUGUUAAUUGAAAAAGGCAGCAAUUUCAGGUUCCUGUGUCUAAUCCACUACCACAAUCAAUUAAUCUAUAAACUAUUGUUACGUGCAUACAUACACAAGGCUGUGUGGUGUGUGUUCAUGCUUGAUCUUAUAAAUGUUGGUCUUGCAAACCACUGAAGACUGGAUAGUUGGCAGAAAGGUUUUUUUUACUCUUUAAGCAUCUUUUAUCCGGUGCAGGUUUUUCUAAAGUCGCAUAUCUCUUUGCCACUGAGGCUUGAAGAUUGUGGGCUUGGACUGGGAUGUAAUACCACUUGCCGAAAAAAGUUGUUUCAGGAGCAGUGGUAACUUAAACCAAUUUCAAAGUGGCACUUAAGUUUGUUUGUUUUUGUAUUUCCCACAACUAUAAAUAAAAUGAAAAAAAAAUUGUACAUGCAUUUUUAAACGGCUGUUUUCCACUCUCCUUCAGUAACACUGUUUACAAGUGGCUCAUUCCAAACAAAACAUUUUUGUCAUUUUUGAAAUUGCUGUAGAGCUGUGAGUCAGUGAAAGCACACUAGAAAUGUAUAUGCUAGAUCUCUGAUCUAGUAGUUGCACAGAUGAGUAUUGCACAGACAAGGACAAAAGAUACCUCUGAUCUUAGUCAGUUAUCCUGAAAUUAAAAUACUUACUGUUUCCUUUUUUUUUUUUACUUGGUUUGUUCCAAACCCUGGAGUAAGCGUGUAGGAAUCACUGCAGUACAUUCUAAUGUGUCUUGCAUUCAAAAUAAGAGUCUUGGGGUACCUUCAAGACUAAUGUGUGGUGUACCCUUCCAUGAGCCGUUGCCUACUUUGUCAGAAGUGUGUGCACAAACACCCUGGAAUUUGGAUGGUUUUUUAAAAACUUUAUAGAAAAGGUAUGAAAAUAGAAAGUGCAUAAUAAAAGAUUAUACAAACACUACAUUUGGAAUUUGGAUUGUUGUUGGAUAUCCUAUGUUAUCAAUAAGGGAGGGUGUCUGUCUUCAGAAUUUUUAGCCAAAUGACAUUGAACUUUUUCAAAGAUGUUCGGAAUCUCAGAGCUGCUUCCAGCUCUAACCUGUUAGAUGUAAAAUUGACCGUUUUAGAGCUGCAGUUACUGUAAAGCAGGAAUUGUGUGAGGAAAUUGAAUGUUUGUAAUACUUAGUUAGCAAAUGCUUCUGAACUAAUAUGCAUAGGAUCUUUCUCCAUGAGCCUCAUAGUAAUUGGAAAAAGGAAGACUUGCAUGAGUAAUCUUUACCUGCUGUUUCACAUGUUCCUUGAUCCUCUGUAUUUUAAAACAUCCAUUGGUUUAUUGUUGAAGGCUUUCACGGCCGGAGAACGAUGGUUGUUGUGGAUUUUCCGGGCUGUAUCACCGUGGUCUUGGCAUUGUAGUUCCUGAUGUUCCACCAGCAGCUGUGACUGCCAUCUUCAGAGGUGUAGCACCGAAAGACAGAGAACUGUCAGGAACCACAAUGCCAAGACCACGGUGAUACAGCCUGGAAAAUCCACAACAACCAUCCAUUGGUUUCUUCAUUUGAUACAGAAGAUGUGUUAGUGGAGGGAUGAGGAUAGCAAAUGGAGUCAUUGGGUAUGAUGCACACCAAAACUUUUGUCAUGUUAUUAAAGGAACCGUAUGCUCAGUAGGCUUCCCUGUUGCACUUUGACACCAACGUGUAUUUGGCAAUAUUUGAAUGUACUCAUACAAUGCACUUUGCAUUACCUUUGCUUUUUGGAUCUGAAAAAAAUGCACUUGCAAUUAAUUUUAAAGCACUGCUUUUAAAAGUAUUCUGCACUCUGUGGGGGAAAACCCCACUUUUUAAGAGGUUUCUCUUAACCCUCCAAUCACCAUCUUUUCUCUGCUACAGCUCUCAGGAAAUAAAUGAGGGGAGGAGAUUUUCCAUGAAAUAUUUCAGUGAACAACAUUUUGUACUUGCUGUCUGUGAAGCUGAAUAAAAUUGGUAGUACAAAUAUA